UUAGAUUAUAUUUUAGUGCGCUAUUGAUAGUAUUUUAGCGCAACAGGUUAUUUUAUAUGACCAAUACACUCACAUUUAGGUUCAAUCACAUUGUCGCGUAGUAAGGAAACUUUUUCCAGAACAAAGAAAUACUCAGAUCCCUUUGUACAGAUUGUAGUAUGAAUCUAAGCUCUACCAACGGACUACAGCGAGUAACCAGUUUGCCGGCAAAGACACUUAAAAAGCAAAACAGGCGCAAGCGAUUCAAUCGUAGCCGGCGACGGAAAAACAUAAAACUGGUGGCCACACGUCCAGCAAGUACAAUACACGUAGCGAUACAUCCUGCCCUACCGCCAGAAUCGCCCGAACCACCUGUUGUUGACAGUAGCUGGGACAUCGAUUCGUACCGCACCCGAUUCGAUACUGUAUCGCUGUGGAACCUGAAGAAAUGGUUCAUGGAACUGCACAAGGACACCAUCCCGGAGCAUGAGCUCGUCCCUUUGGCGCAGGUAUUUGCCAGCAUGGAAGCGUACGGCUGCACGUACGAGCCCGAGCUGAUGGAGCGGGCGAGCCAGCUCGGGGAACCGAUCGCUCGAGUUUACUGCGAGCUGAAACAGCACAAGUGUGCCCGCACGCUCGUGUCGGCCGAUACGGCGGUCCGCGCAUGGCUGGACGGUGUUACGUACGCGGACGAGCAGGAGUCCAUCCGGCAGAUGCAAAUUGCGCAGAUCACUCCCGUGUUUCCCGCGCAAACGUUGGCCGCGAUAUUCCAAAACAUUGUGGUGGUGAACAACUCGUUGAAGGAAACGACGGAAUGGUUUGAGCGUCUCGGCGGCGGUACGAUAUCGAUUGCGAUCAGUCCCAUAUCGUACGGCGUGUUUGAGGUGAAGGCGUACGCGGCCAACUUUUUCAUCAACAAGGCAGCCGGCACGUACCAGAAGGCGUACGCGCAGUGUGUGGCGGAUUUGCUGGAAAUCUUGAAAAACUACUGCUAUCAGGUGAACUACAUACAACGGUUUUCCUACCUGCAAUACAAUGUCGAACGGUUGCCGAAGGAAGGUGAGCUGGCACCGGUGGGACAAUGUUUGCAGCAGAACAACAUCGGCUACCGGAUGCUGCAAAAGCUCGGCUGGACCGGGGGACCGCUUGGGUACAAGCAGACCGGCAUCCUGAACCCGAUCGAGGUGCCCGCCAAGCACGAUCGCCGUGGGUUGGGCUGCAUCAAGGCCAAGAAAAGGAAACCGGGGAAAGCUGACCAUGGGGACGGGGACCACUGUGCACUGGAUUUGCACUUUUACCACGAGCUUAUGCUCUCGAUCGUCGCCCGCAAACCGUACUACGAUCUUAUCUUUUCGCCCGAGUUUACCGAAAAUGAGCGUAUCGUGUUAACCCGAUUAGCGGCACAGUGGCGGCUUCGCUGUGAAACACGGCUAGCAGUAACUGGGCAGGCUCAGUUUGUCAUCAAGCGCUUUCCGCUACCGCCCCACGACGUCCUGGUGCAGGUGCUGAUCGAAAAGCAUCCGCUCGUGUCCAAGUACUAUGAAGUAGUACCGCCCAAGGUAGGACUCAUAACGCUCUGAUCGCUACCGGGACCGGCCGGGACGGAUGGCUUGUUGAAAGUGUGAACUUUGCGCGUGAUUUUAGACGGUUGGAAAGGUAGAAGAGUUCAGGGUUGCCACCAUACACUAUGCGUAUGAGAUGGUAGUGCUCAGCACGCAUUACUUACUAGGAGGCACACUAAGAGACGCGUGUAAGCGUAAGUAAGAGCGAACUAGAUGGAGCCGAAGCUUGGAUUAGUCGAUAGUGGAACUGACGAUAGAAUACAGGUUCACUUAAAACCCGAUAAUUCCGCCAAGCGUGUAGCGCUAGAGAGAAUUAUUAUACCGAGCUGAUUUUAGUGCGUUAAGUAUUUACCAUUUUGGAAUUAAGCAUGAAUAAUGUGCAAAAGCGAAUAAAAUGAAUUUAAUUGUACCCAAAAA